CUAGAAACAAACAGGAUAUGCAUUAUAUUUUUCUCUCUCGGGCAGAAGGCGCAUGAGAGGACAUCUUUUAUGAAAAAUGGAUGCAACACAGAUGAUUGAUGACUCUGUCCUGGAGUCAGAUGAAGAGGAGCAGGAGGAGGAGGAAAACAACGCCAGAGGAGAUCCACUGGGAAAACUGUGCAUCCUAAAAAAUCCACACAUUCCUGAGAAAGAGUGUCCUCUCUACUUGGGAGAAAAUGUUUUGGGCCGUGACCCCAACACCUGCUCCCUGUCUUUCCUUGCUCCAUCAGUGUCCAAGCAGCACGCCACCAUCUCCGUGUCUGUCUACAGAAGAAGAGGAUGCAAGGACCAAGUGGAGGCUCUUCUCUGGGAUAUGGGAAGCAUGAACGGCACUCGCAAAGGACACUUAAAACUAACUCCACGUGUUCGCUAUGCCCUCAGUGAAGGAGACAGUUUUGUGGUGGCGGAUAUUCCCUGUAAAUAUAUGAAAUGUAGCGCUGAUGUGCAGGAUACAAGGACUCCCGUGACACCAAACCUAAAAACAAGGGAUGUUUUGAGGGAAAAUGGAGGAAACGUGAACACAAGUAAAACAAAAAGUCCUGCUGCCUCUACGAUAAAGGAUGCCAUAGCUGAUGCAGAGAGCACCCGAGGGACACCUGACAGAACGGGCGGCCUGUCAUUUGAACAAACUCCGACACAGCCACAGUCGUCUCUGGUGCCCGAGUCUGAGUCAGAUUCUGAGGAAGACAAGUCCAGAGCUGGAGACAGGAGGAGAAAGAAUAUAGUAAGUGAUUCUGACUCCUACAAAUCAAGUCCUACGUGUUCUACAUUUAUGAGUCCGACAAAUAAAGUUGUUCCUGAGAGUGAAGAUGAAAGCCCCAUCACUCCUUCCUCAUCAUAUAAAAAUAGGACACGUCGCGUCAGCUUCAACACGGAGGAGAGUGACAGCGAUUUCAACCGACAAGAGCAGAAAAAAAUAGUACCACUUGACCUUGUGGAUGACAGUGAAGAGGAAACAGGAAAUGAUAAUAAAACGUCCGUGGAUAACAGCAGUGUGCAACCACAGAUUUCUAAAGUGGAGCCCAAUGUCGGUGUUCAAGCUAAGGCUGUACCCGAAUUCAAUAUGGACAGUGACACAGACGUGGAGGAAGAUGAAGAAAAGCCAACUGCUGAUAAGGCUGCUACUACUACUGCUGUAACGUCAAGCAAUGCCCAACCUGAAUCUGAAUUUCACAUGGACUCAGACACAGAUGUUGAGGAUAACGAACCUCCAAUUUCAUCUGAUAACAUUCCCGAAAAACAUCAAAACAUUCCCGUUGUCCAGCCAGAGGGAAUCAGUCUGGAUAGUGAUACAGAUGUUGAAGAAGAGGAGGAGAAGCCAGCUAAAACAAGCGUUGCUCCUGAAAUUUCCAACAAUGUCCAAGCUUCAAAUGCGGCAGAGUUCAACAUGGAUAGUGAUACAGAUGUGGAGGAUGAGGAUUUGGUGUCAGCUGCUUUAGAAAAACCAACAGAAUCACAAACGGCAAAGCUAGAAAUGCCCAAAACAUCUGAAAUUAACUUUAAUUUAGAUGCAGAUACAGAUGUAGAUGAGGAAGAGGCGGAUAUUACAGCAACUCCUUCGCAUUUGGAUGCAAAAACGCCGAUAUCCAAAUCAGCUGCUCCUCAAGAUGUACAACUUGAGAGUGACACUGACGAUGAAGGGAUAAUUAAUGUUCCUGUUGCAAGCAAACCACCUGAAGACCUGGAGCUUUUAUCCAAUAGCGAUACAGAUGUUGAAGACGGUUCUGCAGAUGUUAAACCCACAGCAUCUGGACUUACUGUAGCUGAAUGUGAGGUAGAUAGUGUUGAAGGUGCAGGUUUGAUUAAGGCCAUUGUUAGUGAGAAUACAGGGGACAAGGCAGCUCCAGUGUCUGCGGACAGUGAUACAGAUGUGGAGGACAAUGAAAAUGAGAUAAAAGAGACAGGAGACAAUGAGAUUCCUGCCCUGCAAAGAGAGAUAACCCCAGAUAUUCAGGGUGCCUCAUUGAAGAACUGCUCUACACCCAUACAACAACAAGAAGGAAAGAUGGAGGAAAUGGAGACUCAGGCUUUUCUAAAUCCAUCCAUAUCAGCAUAUAGACGUGCAGUGGCCCCUGUGAGGUCUGACGCUUUGUCUUCCUGCUCCAGUCAAGAGGACGACUAUGCUGUAGCUGAGACACAAUCCUUCAUUUUAAACGACAGGGCCCAGGACCCAAACACCUCUGUAGGCUCUGAUUCAUCUGUGAAAGAAAAGGACGUGUCCAGUACCAGUGGGGGCCAUUUCCAUCUUGAACUUUCCGACACCAGUGUGCUACAAAACCUGACAAUGGAGAGCACCCAAGCUUAUAUCAAUGCAAAUCUGGAAGAAACGCAACCGUACGCAGACGCAAUUAUCACUGCAGCAAAGAGUACACCUGCGGACAUUGCAUUACAAGCAACACAAGCUUAUAUUCCCAUGCAGGACAGUGAGGAAGAGGAGGAGGGUUCAGAAGGUGGGAAACAAGCUAAAAAUGAUGAAGGAGCAGAGGAGGAGGAAGAAGAAGAAGCAACGCAACUAGUUGACUUUCUAUCUGCAGCGCCAACUCAGCCAAUGUGCGUCGACGAAGAGAGCGAUGAUGAGGAUGAUGGAGUUUUUAGGACGAAAAAAGCAAAGCAAAUCCACGAAAUGGCGACGCAAAUGUUUACGACCGUGGAUGUGGCUCCAACGCAGCCGAUGGAGAUACAAGACGAUAGUGAAACGGAUGAAGAUGUGGAUGUUUCUAGCAAGAAAAUAUCCGAGGAAAACGAAGAGGAGACGCAGGCUAAUUCGGAUGUAACUAUAGCUCAAACUGUACCGAUGGAAAUGCAAGAGGAUAGCGAAAGUGACGAAGAUUUUGGCGUUUUUAAAAAGAAAAAAGUUGCAAAAAUUCAAGAAGAGGAUACGCAGCAAAAUUCCGAUUUAAUUGACACCCAAACAGUCCCGAUGGAAAUGCCAGGGGACAGCGAAAGCGACGACGAUGGGCCAGUUUUCAAAAGAAGGACGGCGAAGCAGCUUCAAUCAGAGGAAGAGGCAAGCCAAGAAAUUCACAAAGACGAAGGAACUGACGAUGAGGAUUCUGGUCCUAUUUUUAGGAAGAGGAAAGUGAAGCGCGUUGACAGAAUCGAAGAUACGCAACCUUCUUUGGAGUCGGAGAUAACCGUGGAUCCAACUCAACCUAUUCCUACAAAUGAAGAAAGCGACGAGGAAGAGUUAAUUCCAAUUGGGGAAAAAACGGCAAAAACGACAAAAAAAAAGGUCGAAUCCGAACUCGCGGUCGCGCCAACGCAGCCGGUAGUUUUGAGCGAGGAUGAGGAAAAUGAAGAGGAUGUGUUUCCAGCUCCCCGAAAAAGAAAAGCGAGAAAACUUGAAGAUACGCAACAGCAAAAUUCCCAAGCGGAUAUCGAUGAUGGAAAAGAGAGCGGAGAAGGUAGUAGUGUUGGCGUAAGAGGAACAAGAAGUGGGAGAAGCAAAAUCGGGAAGGAAAAGCAAAAUGAGGAACUUGUUGUUGAACCCACGAAGAGACAGACCAGAGGGAAGACUAAAGCGACGCCGGUUUCUAAAGGUAGAAGAAGGAGAGGAAAAGUGGAACCAGAGAGUGAGGAAGAGGAGGAGGAGGAGGAGGAGGAAAAAGCAAACAAAAUGGCAGCUAAAGUUCAGAAGGAAAAAGAGGAUAAAGAAAAGAGCAAGAGAGAAGAAUUGGAGAGAUUAGAAAAAGAAAGAAUUGAACAAGAACAAAAGGUGGCAAGGAUUCAGAAAGAGAAAGAGGAGAGAGAGAGAUUGGAAAAAGAAAAGAAAGAAAGAGAAGAAAUGGAGAGAUUGGAGCUUGAAAAGAGAGAGAGGGAAGAGAAGGAGAGAUUGGAAAAAGAAAGAGAGGAAAAGGAGAGAUUGGAGAAAGAAAGGAUUGAACAAGAAAAGGAAGAACAAGCUGCCAAACUGCAAAAAGAAAAGGAAGAGAAGGAAAGGAAAGAAAAAGAAAGACUAGAAAAGGAACGGAUUAAACAGGAAAAGAAAGAACAAGCUGCUAAACUUCGAAAAGAGAAAGAGGAGAAGAAGCAGAGGGAGAAAGAAGAGCGGGAGAGAGCAGAAAAAGAAAGAGAAGAGAAAGAGAGAUCGGAAGCAGCCAAAAAAGCCGAAGAGGAGGCGAGGGAACGAGUAAAGAUGGAGGAGGAGGCAAGAUUGGAAAAAGAAAAGCAAAAAGAGGAAGACCAAGCCCUGAGAAGAGGUCGAAAAAAAGAAGAGAAAGAAGAAGAGAAAGGCAAACAGUCCCGAUGGAAAAGAAGAGCGACGACGAGCCAGUUUUCAAAAGAAGGAGGAAGCAGAAAGAGGAAGAGGCAAGCCAAGAAAUUCACAAAAGAAGGAACUGACGAGAGGAGUCCGAAGAGAAAGAGAAAGAAAGCUAAACUUCGAAAAGAGAAAGAGGAGAAGAAGCAGAGGAGAAAGAAGACGGAGAGAGCAGAAAAAAGAAAGAGAAAGAGAGAUCGGAAGCAGCCAAAAAAGCGAAGAGGAGGCGAGGAACGAGUAAAGAUGGAGGAGGAGGCAAGAUUGGAAAAAGAAAAGCAAAAAGAGGAAGACCAAGCCCUGAGAAGAGGUCGAAGAACCGGUCGGAGAACCAUAGCUGCCCCAGAGUCGUCUUCCUCGACUGUAGCCGACGAAGAUGACGUUCCUGCAAAAAGAACCAGGUCCCGAUCCAAUUCCUCAACUUCUGUAGGUUCAGAGAGGUCUUUGUCUAGCGACGUCUCCCAAACUACCCGGGGAAGAGGAAGGGGAAGAGGAAGAGGCGGGAGAAAGACAGAAGUACAAGUCGAGAAAGCGCCGUCUAGAGGCAGGCGGAGAACUGUAGCCGCCACAGAAGCGCCUCCCUCGUCUCCUCCCAGGACGCUGUCGAGAUCCAACUCGAAUACAUCCCUGAAUUCGGAGUUGUCGGUGAACAGCGUGAGCUCGCAAGGUAGAGGAAGAGGAGGCAGGCAAAGAGGGAGAGGGAGAGGGAGGAAGUCUGAAAUCGAGCAGGUGUCAACUGAAAAUAACUCGCAAAGGGGACGAAAAAGUACAAGGACUUGCCCUAAAGAUGACGACGAAGACGAGGGAGACAGUAACCAGCCGUCGGUGUCCACAAGGGGGAAACGUGGAGCUAAAGAUAAUACCUCAAAAACGCCUGAAAAUGAUGAAGAGCAAGGGGACGCGUUGACAAGUAGCACAGAGAGACGAAAAGCGAGCACGAAACAGACAGAGACUAAAAAUGAAUCGAAAACAACAGCGUCGCAAGUUGAAGAUGAACAAAAAGAUGAAGAUAAAGACGCAAGUUUGAGUGGGAAAAGAAAAGCAGCAGCGAGAAAUCCCCCCACUAGAAAAAGUAUGAAAGUAGAAGAAGACGACGCAAAAACGGAUAAACCAAAAGCGAGGGGCCGUGCGUCCACUGUCCAGGCUAAAAGCGUUGAAGAGCACGGCGACAGUGGUUCGUCUGCAAACAACUCCGUGGAACAGGAAGAGCCUCCCCAGACGCCGAAGAGCAGCGUUUCCCGGAAAAGAAGCUCACCUGAUUCUGAGUCAGAUCCUCUGGCCAAGACUCCACGCUCCUCCACUGCAUCUCCGAGUGUUUCGCGAUCUAGAGCUGCUAGUCAGAGUUACAAGGUUCUGUUCACUGGAGUCGUGGACGAGGCAGGAGAGAAAGUGCUGACUCGAUUAGGAGGGGCCAUAGCUAAAGAUGUGUUUGACAUGAACUAUUUAGUGACUGAUAAAGUGCGGAGGACAGUCAAAUUCCUGUGUGCUGUGGCUAAAGGGGUCCCCAUUGUUACUACUGCGUGGCUGGAAAAGAGUGGAAAAGCAGGGAGCUUUUUGUGUCCUAGCACAUACCUGGUGAAAGAUCGUGAGCAGGAAAACAAGUUUGAGUUCAACCUCCAGGAGUCUCUUAAUGUGGCCAACAGUCAGCCUCUUCUACAGGGAUAUGAGAUCCAUGUCACUAAGUCCGUAAAGCCAGAGCCAGUCCAAAUGAAGGAUAUCAUUUCCUGCAGUGGAGCCGUGUUUCUACCCAGAAUGCCCACCUCCAAAAAGCCCAAUACUGUGGUGAUUUCCUGCGAGGACGACUGGUCCCUGUGCGCUCCGGCUCUGUCCUGUGGCCUCCCGGUCGUCAGCAGCGAGUUCAUCCUCACCGGGAUCCUGCAGCAGAAAGUCGACCUGGAAAAACACAAACUCCACGGACCAGAGUCUGCUCCGACAACAGGAGGGAGAGGCAAAGGGCGCAAGAAAACAUAACCCCACAGACAGCGUUUUUUAAGCUAAUCAGAACCAAAAUAGAGCUGAACAUUUCUCAAACAUUUCACACACAAUAAAAUAGUAGCAUCUUGAGUAUCUCCAGAUCUAAACCAGGCCUAUAACAGGACUAAAGCAGGUCUAAACUAGGUCUAAAACAGGAUUACGUCAUUGCUACAGUAAAUCUAAGCAAGCACCCAAAUGUGAAUAAAACUGACUCUCAACAAUUGCAGAGAAAUACCACCAGAAGGAGCUCACGUACCGCAGUUUGAGAAGCAUUAAUCCAGUGAAUAAAAUUAGUUUUGUUUACACAGUAGUUGUUUAGAAUGUACUUUUACCGACACGUCCAAUGUAUGAUUUUUGCAUUUUAAAACACUGUUAACUUUAUAUAUGUCGAAGUAAGUGAAUCAUUUCGGAAAGUUGAAUUUUGAAUAUAGAUUAAAACGGACUUGAACUAAGACGGUAGAGAUUUGUAAUGCAGCCUGGGCAUUGAUUUGCCUUAAAAAGGGACCACAAGUGAAACCAAAGUCGUUGCUAUGCACUGUACACUGCAAAAAUGAGUUAAAAUGACUUGGAAUGCAGAAUAUUUAACACAUGACUUGAGUAAAUUUGACUUUAUGUUUAUUUCGUUUGUAGAUUUUCAUUUUUAGAUUUUGUUUCAAGGUGUUUUUCCACAGAUUUCAGUGUUAUUUUCUGGUCCAACAUUUUUGUCCUUCAAUUUAACAGAAAAAUUCUUACUAUGCUUUCAUAUAUUUUGAUUUAAAUUAAUAAAAAAUUCUGGUAACACUUUAUUUUAGGGUACACUUAUUAACAUCUAACUACCUGCUACUUAACCUGGUUAAUUUGUCGUUAAUUAGUGUUUAUUUAGUACUUAUUAAUGUCUAAUUCUCCAUAAGCUUAUUCUCCUGUUAGUUAGACAUUUACAAACACUUUCCUAUCAAUACACUACUUAUUACUGCUUAUUAGUUUGAUACUAGGCCAUUUUUGUCCAUGAAUUAUGAUUCUAAUAAGCUUUUGGUAAUAAGUGUGCUGUUAGUAACACAAGAAAUGCAGUUUUUACUUAUUUGCGCUUAAUAAAUUGAGCUUACUCUUAAAAGUGUAAAUGUCUAAGAGCAGAAUAAAGUUAUGGGGAAUUAGACAUUAAUAAGGGCUGAAUAAAUAGAAAUUAAUAACAAAUUAACUAUCUACAACUAUGCCAUUCAGCAGGUAGUUAGAUGUUAAUAAGUGUUACCAAACUUCUUAUUUAAAUAAAACUAUAUGAAAGCAUAGUGAGAAUGUUUCUGUUAAACUGGAGGAUCAAAAUGUUGGAGAAGAAAAUAACGCUGAAAUCUGUGAAAAAUACUUUGAAACUAAAUCUAAAAUUGAAAACCUAACAAACUAAAUAAAACUGUCAAAUUUACUCAAGUCAAGUUACAUGAUGAAACCCAGCAAUAAAUAUUUUGUUACUAGGGAUGUAACAAUAACCAAAAAAUCGUGAUAUGGUAUCGUCAAACUUCUCACAAUAAUAUCGUAAACCAUCACAAUAUAUCAAAUUACAAGUUGCUUUGCUUAAAUUUAAAGUUAUGGCGCAACAGUAGCUCAAAAAAAGACAGGAACUACAUAGACCAUGAUCCUUUGCUCCAUUUCAGUGCAGACUACCAGAAGAAAUAACAGUUCUAAGCAAUUUUAAGUCUUAGAUCUUUGGAUUAAGUCUUGUCAAGGCAUUUUAAGAGUAAAAAGUCACAUAUUAACAGUUUUGUUUGUAAGCGUCCACAAAAUAUCGCAAUAAAUAUCGUACUGUGAGAUAUAUAUCAUGAAAAUAUCAUACAGAGAGAUUUGGAUAUUGUUACAUCCCUAAUCAUGAGCCUCCCCACAGUAUCGUGAGCUUUCCCACGAUAUCGCAAUAAAUAUCGUACCUUGAGAUUCAUACCGUGACGAUAUCGUAUCGUGAGACUUGGAUAUCAUUACACCCCUACUUGUUGCUAAUAAAAUACUUCUAAAUUAAUCAAAACCACACAAAACAUAGAUAAAUAUUCUGAAUUCAAGUGAUAUUACACAUUUCUGCAGUGUGUAUGUUUGUGUUUUUAACCUGCCUUUUUCUUAUCCACCCAUCUCUCACUUUUCACAUUUAGGUUGUGUUCACACUCAACAUUUCAUCACAUCAAAACAGAACUAGACCAGGACCAAACCAGGACAAGUGUGAACACAACCUUGACUUCAGUUCUGUGUUAGUGCCUUCAAUCAGAGCUGGCAGAUGACCGUGAGAUAAGGUGCUGUUUGUAAAUCAUGUCUCAGAGCAGGGCUGUAUACUGAACACGCGGACGAUGUGAUGGAUGGAUCCUGCUUAAUAUGACUAAUCAUGAACUUAUAUGGGACGGCCUGAUUUCUCCUGUAUCCAUUAAAGUCCAUUAUGCUUAGCCAAUCCUUUUAGUUCCACGUAGGAUAAUAGGUUUAGGUACUUGCUGGGUACUUAUGCUGCUGCCAGUCAUUGAGGUAUAUAGUGCCUAAUGUGUUGCAUACAAAUUUCAUCUUUGAAUGUCUGAAUAGAGGUGUAGAGGUGGGAGAUAUAUUACAAAAUGAAUGCUGCUAUCAUUGUUGUUUUGGGGAGAUACUAAAUACAGAUAUCAGACCUAUAACAGGGAUAUUCCAGGUGUAAUCUAGGGCUAAACCUGGUCUGAACGUGGACAUAUCAUUCCUACUGUAUUUUUUAUCUCACAGAGAUAAAGAUAAAAAAUUAUAUAAAAUGAACUCAAAAUUAGACAAACCUUUAAACUGAGGAGCUGGUCUAUUAUCAAAAAUGACCUGAAGUGAGUAUAUAUUAAUAUUUCUGCCCUUUUGUGGUUAAAUUCGUGGACGUUUUCAUUUUGGUCAUAUCUCCCACCCCCAUCGCUGAAUAUAAAUGCGUUUUUCAAUUUGUUCUACUGUUGUAACUUCAUCCUUGCUGUAAAAAUUGACUACCUCCGCGGUGUGCCUUUUUGAUUAAAGGUCUCGUAUUAUGCUAAGCUGACUUUUUGAGGUUUUAGCCAUGUUAUAAUAAUGUCAACGAUCAAAAACAUACCUGCAGUUGUGUUUUGAUUUGAGUAAUCCUGCGUGUUUUGUGUCUGCGUUACUUGACAGCUCAAAAAUGCUUAGUCACACAGCAUCUGGUGGUAAUCUGGAAAUGUUCCACCAUCUGACUUGUAGUUAAUAUUUCAUUCUCAAAUAACCUUCACGGUGCAGCUUAACAACAUUGAAGCAAAUGUUGGUUUGUUUUAGCCCGAUCUAAAAUGACUCACGGCUUCACAUGCCAGUCCUCUGUUGGCAGUAAUGUCACUUUGUCUAUAUUUACAAAUCACUAAGUUGAUUUAAUUUUAUUUUUUUUCCAUGCAUAAGCAGCUACAAGUAAGUUCAUCUGAAAUACAAAACCUUGAAUUGUGUUUUACUAAAUGUUCCAAAGGUUGUAUAAUUUAUAAGAUUGAAAAAGACACUUAAACUUC